CCUUCAUGAGGGAAGCGGCCAGGGACUGGCAGGCCCGGCUUCUCCUCUUCGGUGUUGUAUAUCAGCUAAUUGCGUGGUUGAAGACAAGUAGCCCAAGUAGGGGGGCUGUUUCAGUGUUCAUAGGAUGUCCCGUCAUGAAGGUAAAGACGACCCAUUAGCAAUAGAAUUGGUGUAAGCUGCGAUGCGUGUUUGAAAGGCAACUUCAGAGGGCGGAGAUACAAGUGUUUAAUCUGCUACGACUACGACCUGUGUGCGUCGUGCUACGAGGGCGGAGCCACCACCACCAGACACACCACAGAACACCCCAUGCAGUGCAUACUGACCAGGGUCGACUUCGACCUGUACUAUGGCGGGGAGGCCCUGUCAGUGGAGCAGCCCCAGGCUUACACCUGCCCGUACUGUGGCAGGAUGGGCCACACAGAGAGCUCCCUGCAGGAGCACGUAGCAGGGGAGCAUGCAGACACCUCCACCGAGGUGAUAUGCCCCAUCUGUGCAGCGCUGCCUGGCGGAGACCCCAACCAUGUGACAGACGACUUUGCUGCUCAUCUCACACUGGAACACAGAGCUCCCAGAGACCUGGAUGAGUCCAGCGGGGUGCGUCACGUAAGGAGGAUGUUCCACCCCGGGAGGGGGCUGGGGGGGCAGCGGGCUCGCAGGUCCAACAUGCACUUCACCAGCUCCACCACCGGGGGGCUCUCCAACACCCAGAACUCCUCACAGAGCUCCAACUACAACAGAGAGGCCAUGGACCCCAUAGCAGAGCUCCUGUCCCAGUUGUCGGGGGUGCGGCGCUCCGCGGGGGGGCAGGUGAGCUCGGGGCCGUCGGCCUCCCAGCUACAGCAGCUUCAGAUGCAGCUGCAGCUGGAGCGGCAGCAGGCCCAGGCUGCCCGGCAGCAGCUGGACACGCCCCGUGGAGCCCCCCGCAGCGCCCCCACCCGCGCUGCCCUGGGCACCGCCAACAGCAACGCCAGCCCCAACGCCAACCCCUGCCCCCCCCCCGGCCCCCACCCUGGCACGCACGAGCACAACACACACGCCGGGCACAACUUCCUGCUCAACAGGCUGAGUGAACCUAGGCUGUCGGAGGUGGACCUGCAGGAGAGUGAGUCUGGUUGGGCGGACCGCGGUCUGUUUGUGACGGAGCUGCUGCUGUCCACGCUGCUGCUGGACCACAACGCCCCAGCAGCUCCACAGCACGCCGGACCCCUGGGGGGCUUGGCUGACUUCGGGGCCAUGGGCUGCAUGGAUGUCAUGACCCUGGAGGUGGCGCUAGAGAACCUCAACCUCAGAGAAGCAACGGCGAGCGCCAUGAAGAAGCAGCCCCCCCCGCCGCCCCCGCGCUGAUGCUCUGCCCCACAUCCGCCACGGUGGCCAACUGCCAAGGGAUGACACGUUUUGAAAACAAAGACUUCUCUGCUUCGGUUCUUUCCUUAUGUCCUAUAUUGAUGCCAUUUCAGCCCUCCCCUCCCCUCCCUAUCGACACGUUGUGUACAUUACAUACAGGAGUGAGAAUCUGAACGCGAGAGAGCAUGUGACAGACCACAAAGAAAAAAAACUAUAUAUAUCUAUAUAUAUAUAUCAGAUAAAUAUAUAUGAACACUGGUAAUCAAUCAUAACCCAAUGUUUCCUUUAGCUGCAGGUGGGCAGCAUGUGGUUUAGCUGUCAGAUAAACCUCCACACUAACACACUGAGGACUUCUCAUCAAACAAGAUGCUGCUUGUGUUUACGGUUCUUCAUGUGCUUGUGUGGUUGACCAUAACCUUUGGUAUGAGCUCCUUCCCCCUGUGUCCAGUUGGACUGCACCGUCACUGCAGAGAGCUCCUUCCCCCUGUGUCCAGUUGGACUGCACCGUCACUGCAGAGAGCUCCUUCCCCCUGUGUCCAGUUGGACCGUCACUGCAGACUGAAAGGGACGCUUCCAGUGGGGCACCUGAUAACAUGGUUUUAUUUUUGGAGGUUAAGCGAUGUUAAAUGUCACAAAAUUGUUUGAUGGUCCCGAUACAGACUGCUAAUAAACUGUUUGUUGUUUAAAUUUAGUUCUGCCCCCAUUCAGUCUGGUAUCACUUAUGAUUGGCUCGUGUAACUCAGAUCCGAUUGAGCUGUGGGGGCUGGAUGUUUUGAGUUGCCUAGCUUGAUCAAGAUUCUGCAGACACUACACAUGCCUCGCACACAGGUAUGACAAGGCCAAGGACAAAAGAUGUCAUAAAUGGAGCAGUUGCAUAACUUGCUGUUUUAGAACUGACAUUGGAAAAGUGUUUUUGGAUACCGUUCUGUUCUCUAUCUUCCUUUGAUUCUUUCAAGAUGAUCCUCAGCGUUCCUCUAAUUCAGAGGUGUUGCAUGUCAGCGUGAGAGAAUCACAAAUGGUCAGCCUCAUUCUUCAUUUGGUCCAUGUUUGAACACCAUGGUAUUCCUUCACUGCUACCUGAAGAAAAGCCAUGAAUGUUUUCUUGGGGUGUUUGGAAAGGCAACUACACAGCCAUUCAACUUGGAGGACAAUAAAAUGAUUUUGGAUGGUAAUGAUCUAACCCAGUUC